AACACGGCUGAUGUCAAUAAUUCAUCUACAACAUAACCUCAGAUUUCCUGAGUUUUCUUCGGUUGUAGGUGUAGUAACAAAUCAAAUACAUAAAUAUGAACGUUCAAAAAGUAAUGAUUCUUAGAGUGCCUGCAACUGUAUUACUACAAAAAUGUGGCAUGAAACACUUCCCACCGCCCCCAAAAUAUGAGAAUAUUGAAUUUCCCGAGAGACCAAAACUUAGAAUUAUGGAGAAAGCCCCGCAGUUACCUCCUAAUGUCAAAGCUCCCAAAAUGCAAAAGAAAUUAAGACUAAUGCGAGGCCCUGAAACUGUCCAUAACUUCUUACAGCAUAAACAGUACGGAAUAAUGGCUCUGGGCGGUGGUCGACUAAAAUCGGGUCACUUUGAAAUGAUGCGACUUACAAUAGGACGGAAAAUAGAUACAGACAGAAUGUUUGCCGUUUGGAGAGUAGAUUCACCAUGGCAGCCCGUUACGAAGAAAGGACAAGGUCAACGAAUGGGUGGCGGCAAAGGCGCUAUUGACCAUUACGUAACGCCCAUAAAGGCAGGCCGGAUAAUUCUGGAACUGGGAGGCAAGUGCGAAUACAUAGAAGUUAAGGACUUCUUAGAAGACAUAGCGAUGAAGUUGCCAUUCAAGGCGAUGGCGGUAUCUCAAGAAAUGUUAGACGAGAUGAAAGCGAAAGAACAGUGGGAGGAGGAGAACAAUCAGAACCCUUACACUAUGAAAUAUAUUAUCCAGAAUAAUAUGGGAGGAUGUAAUCGAUGGCUAUCGCCUUACGAUUAUAAAUUUUUAGGGAAAUAUUUAUAAGUCGUAAAUUAAACAAAUAAAAAUUCCUUACAGUCUUCAGGAGGUAUGUCUAGCGGGAAAGUUCCUACUUCCAGUUGGUCUU